GUCACGCGCAAGACCGCACAAUUUGUCGUGUAAUCUCAACAUAACGAGGGUUGUCACAAUUUUAGUGAGAAGUUUUAUGACGGGAUUUUGAUUGGAACACCCUGUUGUCUUUGCUAGGAACCCAGACCGGGAUGAACGUCUCCUGUGGGUUCGUGUCGGCUGCUGCUCGAAGCUUCACCCGGUGGAGUCCCGCCGGGGCUCGGUUCUGCUGGAGGCUGCUGGGCCCUGCAUCCACCUCCAGGAGAAACAUGUCCUCCAAAAGACAAGCGGACCAUCUAGAGAGGACAGCGAGCAACUACAGACAAAUUGCUCUGUAUCCAGCUCAAGUAUGUGGAAUUGUGAAUGAGUCGGAGACGGUAAAAAGACUGAGAAUAGCCGUCCAUCCAGACUUUACCUUCAAAGCAGGACAGUGGGUAGAUUUAUUCAUCCCAGGUGUGGACAAGGUGGGGGGUUUCUCCAUGUGCUCCAGUCCAGGUUUGCUGCAGCGUGAGGGAGUCGUCGAACUGGCCGUCAAAUACACCAAACACCCCCCUGCACACUGGGUCCACACAAUGUGUACUGUUGGCUCCCAAGUGGACAUGCGUGUCGGUGGGGACUUCUUCUUCGACCCAUCACCUUCUGAUCCCUCGGUGGACUUGCUGUUGGUGGCUGGUGGUGUAGGCAUCAAUCCCUUGUACUCCAUUCUGUUGCACACAGCAGAUCUGCUCCAGCUCAGUCACGCUUCAGAUGGUCGGGACUACAGCGUCGGCGCGACCCACCUCUGUUACAGCGCCAAGAACACGACGGAGCUGCUCUUUAAGCGCUCCAUCGUUGAGACGUGUCAGCAGUUUCCUGACAAGUUCUCGUGUCACUUCCACGUCACGCAACAAAGGGCAGAAGUCGACCCGCACCUCCAGCCAUUUGUCAGAAGUGGAAGAAUCACAGAAGAGGAGUUGCAGGCUCACGUGAACCCACAAAGGACUUUGUGCUACAUAUGUGGACCUCCACCCAUAAUCGAAGCAGUUUCAAAAACCCUCACUGACCUCGGCCUCCCUGAAGACAGGAUCAUCUUUGAGAAAUGGUGGUAGGACCAGACUCGUUUCCUCUGUCAUCAUCAGGAACUUUUCUGUGAUUUGACUGACAAGUGAAAACCUCUGAGCCCUCCUGGGGUAAGAUCAGUAACGGACUGCAAGACUCGCUCUUCAGCCAACAAGUGACUCAGAGACCGGAGAUGAGUUAGAUUUUUCUCUAAUAUGACCAGGAAGACGUCAACAACUGCAGUGCCUUCUUGUGUACACUUCAACAAAUUGUGACUUGAAAAAAGAAAUUGUGUAAUUUUUGCAAAACUUAUUUGCAGCCUGCACAUGAUGUUUUAUUGUUGAGUAAAGUGUUCAGACGGCACAGUGUGGGGUGUAUGAAGGUUAUCUUUCACACUGUUAACAUUAAAACGCUGCAUCUGAUCAAAUCGCCUCGCUCAGAACGGUUGCACCUUCAGAUAACCGCAGCAGGUGAAGGUGCUGCUCACAGAAACAGCAGGAAGCGUCUCAGAUUGUGAAACUAUCACUUUUUAAAUUUAAUUUAAACUUUAUUUAUACAUGUAGUCUAGUUGAGUCACGAGAACUC